AUGCUUCGCCGCACAGCGUCUUCGGCCACGCCUGCUCCGUCGCUUCUCCUCAGCGCCGCCGUUGUCGACUAUAUUGACCAGAGAGUGCGCGAAGACGCACACGCCUACGACUUGCAUGCACAGACUUCGGAAACACGGCGUGCCGCGGGAGGAAACCCGCCUGCGUGCACGGACCACAAGGAGCGGAAAAAGAGAGACUUCCUCUCCGAGAACAGGCGCGGCGACACAGCCCGAAGACACUGGCUGCUAGCUCGGCGCCUCCUCGGCAAUGCGCUUUGCGUCCCAGACCUGCCUGGGGAAAGUCCCGAACUGUACAAAGCAAACGAAGGAGAAGCAAAAACUGCACACGGGUGGCGGGGUCUGGAGGCCGUUGAAAAGGAGGAAAUUGACAGGGAACCGAGAGAGGUAGUGCCAGGUCUUCCCAGCGGAGCGACAACGAGAGAAGACGGGGGCGGGGGGACGAACGAGAAGCGCGCCUUCGGUAGGCGGAGCAGAAGGGACGAGAAACGGGAGAACGCGCGACUGAAGAAGGAGCAGCAAGUCGCACAGGCCGUUUUAGAUGCAGCCGGCGGAGGCCUCGGCAGGCAACAGGAAUGGUGGAAGUUGCGUCAGAUGUUCGACGACCUGGAGGUAGCCCCGCGCGUGACAGCGGCGUUCGAGCAGGCACAACGCGAGCAAGAGAACGGACGCACGGACGGGAAAGAAGAGCGCACCAUAUGGGACUACACGAGGAGUCGGGGCCUACCGGAAGGGGCGAGAGCCGAACCGGACAGAGAAGAUACAGAGGCCCACGAACGCGCAAACCUCCAACCCGACAACGCGGCGAGACACGCCCCAGAAGGCAACUCUGAGAAACCUUCUGGCGUUUCGAAUUCACAAAGCCGCAUGUCUCGAUGCGAAAGUCUGCGUGCGCCAACUUUUCCGUCCGCUGAUGGCGCGUCUCCAGGCUGUGCUCGGCCCUCGUCCUCGCCUUCGUCUUCCACCUUUUCCUUUCAGCCCCUGAUUCUGACCCAGCACGCGUGGUCCCACGCACUACCUGCUUGCGACCUGUAUCUGCCGUCUCGGGCGCCGCCUCUCUCUGCGGCGACUGAGAGCGCGCCGCCUAACGGGGCUUAUGCUGCGUCUUUUUCGGCUUCUCUGGCGAGCUCUCCCUCGUUGGUCUCCCCGCCUGCGGCUGCGCCCAGAGCGCCCGUCGCUGCUCCAGCUGUGAGGGGCCCAGUGGCGGAAUUCGAAGAGACACAGGUUUCCCUAGGGCGACCAUCGGCGAGGCAGAGCGGGAGUCUUUGUCAGCCUGGUUCGCUGGAAGACGACACGGAAAAGACGGAGGAAGCAAACAGCGACGACCGCGUCUGGGUGAUGCGAGUCGGCGACCUCUGGCUGCCCCGACGCCUCGGACUUCCUCUACAGAAGUUUACGGAGUUCUACAAGGCGCGCUUUGCCGAGCGACGUCUCACAUGGCACGUUCGCCUCAGUCGCAUGCAGCUUGUCUGCUAUCCGGACAACAACGCGACUCGGAAGCAAAGCCAAACGCGAGACACGCCGGAUGCUGCCUCUCCAUCUACUCUGCUUCUGAACGUCCCUGCCGCCGUCGGGUGUAUUCUUCUUCUGUUCAACUCGUAG